AUGGAGACUCCCCGGUCUCAAGGGGCAGGCCCCGCGGCCGACCCUGACCAGAGUAAAGAGGCACCACCGAUCAAGGAAUGUCCACCCUCUGAGACGGACUCCAGUAUCAACCUGAUGGAGGAUGACAGCCAUCGCCUCAACCUUUGCCUUCCCAUCUCCACCUCCAUGACUGCUCCCGCCCUGACGACUAUCGCGCAAGACCUGCACAUCCACCAUGCCUUCGAGCAGAUGAUGAGCCUGUCGAUCUUCCUCCUGGCCUAUGCCUUCGGGCCCCUGUUCUCUGCCCCGAUGUCUGAGGUCUAUGGGCGUCGCAUCAUCUUGCAGGGAUUCAAUCUGAUAUAUCUCGCCUUCAAUACCGCUUGUGGAUUCGCGCAGACCGGACCCCAGCUGAUUGUCUGUCGCUUCUUUGCUGGGUUCGGUGGAAGUGCAGCAAGUGUCAUUGCCUCUGGCAUUCUGGGUGAUCUUUGGCGUAAAGAGGAGCGGGGACUGUCCGUCAGUAUCUACACCAUGGUCACCCUGAUGGGGCCGACACUGGGCCCCCUGCUGGGCGGAUUCAUCACCUACCGCCCGACUACGCAAGGAGACCAGCAACACCUCUCUUCGGACCAAAUGGGAGGAAGAGGACCUGAGCCUACGCAAGAAGCUGUCCUGACCCUGUAUAUCUCCUACCUCUUCGGGCUGGUUUACCUGGCACUGGCAACCUUUGCCGAGAUCUGGACCACCGAGUACUACCAGUCGAUCAGUAUCGCCAGCUUGAACUACCUCGGCCUCACCGUCGACACCGCGCAGCCCGAGUUCCGCCUCCCGCUGCUGCUACCGGGCGCCCUGAUGGUCCCCAUCGGGCUGCUGUGGUACGACUGGAGCGCCCAGCACCACCUGCAUUGGAUUAUGCCAGGUAUCGGGAUUGCGUUGUUUGCCAUUGGGGUCAAGUAUGGCACGCAGUGCACCCAGCUGUACGCCUUGGAUGUGUAUCCGACCUACGCGGCGUCGGCGAGUGCGGGGGCGCAGUCGUGA